AUGGCACAAGGAAAGCUAAAAGGAUAUGUCUCUAUGAUUACGCUGUCUAAAAACAAGUUCUUCGUCAAAAAAAGUUCAGCACAUCAUUGCGAUCACAGCCUCGUCCUGGCAUGUGCAAGCGGAGCUGCUGCAGAGGUCUGCAGACUGAUGGAGGUCACAGACCCUUCUAAGUGCGACCAAGACGGAGUCUAUCCUCUCACCGCGGCGAUCAAAGAAGGUCAAUGGGGAGUAGUAGAGAUCCUGUUAGAAAACAAAAGGAUGGAAGUCAAUGUAGAGGACGCCUGCGGCCUUUCUCCGCUUAUUCUUUGCAUCGAGAAUGCAACCAAGAACGCUUCGAAACAUGGGUCUGCAAUCGUUUGUCUUGGAAAGCUGCUGGAUCAUGGGGCGAGACUGGACGUUCAAGAUCGAUCUGGACGAGGAGCGAUAGAGAUCGCCCUGAGAGAGGGGCAGGGGCAAAUGGCGCUGAUGCUGAUACAACGAGUGAAGAUGCUGACUGACAAGAGUGCCGACAGCAGCAGGCCAACGGAAACUUUCACCUCUUGGAGUCUAACCGUCUCUAACAUGCGUGCACUGGACCUCCCGCAAAUGAACUCGAGAGGGACUGCUGAUGUCCUUGCUAAGAUCUCUGUCGGCGAGGGGAUACAUCAGACGAGGGUCAUGCGCAACUCCUUGUGCCCGGAAUGGACGGACUCUUGUGAGUUCGAAGUGUCGUCUUCAACAAAGGACGAGCUUGUCUUUCAGCUUUACCGGUGGGAUCGGUCUGGGCACGACGAGCUGCUCUGUGAAGUCCGGCUUCCGCUUAUAGACACGCAACGAUACCCUAAGCAGCUGAUCGACAAGCAGUUCAGCCUCGCCCCCUCUAAAACUAUCCGGACAGCCGCCACGCAUACUGCUCGAGUCCAGUUCUCCGUACACUCAUCCUACCCUUUGACAGACGUGGAGACGGCAAAGUCGCUUGUCACAAGCUCUCAGCUCGUCCUCGCCAGCCUGCUUGACGAUCCAGACGCGCUCAGCUGCAUGGAGAUGCUUCUGAGCCUUCGUGCUGAUGUCAACGACAGGGAUUCGAGCGGUGCGUCGCCUCUCACUCACGUCCUGCGAAGCGGGAGGCUGGAGCUAGCGAGCUGCUUGUUGAAUGCCAAGGCUGAUCCCAACCAUGUCAACAAGGAGGAGGGAAACUCUGCUUGGAGCACAGUAGCAGGCAUGUGCAGCAGCGGAGAGAUGACUCUAGCUCUGAGCGAGAUGCUGCUUGCUCAUGGCAUACACCCCAACGCUCCGCUCAUGAUUGACGGGCAAUGGGAAACUCCCCUUACAUACGCCGUGAAGACAGAGCAAGCGACUCUCCUCUCCAUGAUCCUCCGCCAUGCAGGCGACCCGAACUUGAGUGUGCGCGAAGCUCUCGCCGGGCUGGAGAUCCAAGGUGACGAUCCUGCCGCCCGACUCCACCCUCUCUGCUUGGCCAUGCAAGGUGGAAACAUUGACAACUUUCUCGUCCUCGUGCACGAUGAGAGCUUGAGAUUCGACUUGGUGUGGGAACGGGGGCCGGAAGAGGCAGCGGCAGCGGAAGACCUUCCUCCUGUCUCCUUUGCAUGCCUUCAGCGACACCACCAGCAACUCCGCAUGCUCCUCAGUCAUCCACAAAGUUCUUCAAGACUGCAGGACGCGCGAAACGGAAGGCAGGCGCUGCGAAUGGCAGCAAGGAGUGACAGUAUUGACUGCCUGCAGCUGCUUGUGAGCUUCAUGCCAGACUUGCGCGAGGUUUCACUCCUUCAUCCUGCGAUGCUGGAGGCGAUCCGAAGCGCAUCCUCCUCCUCCCUCGUCUUCCUCUUUCACAUCCUGUCUGCAUCUCGUCUCGGUCCUCCGGGUCCUGAAGACAUUUACACGGUCAAGCUCGCAGCUGUCAAGGAGCAGGAGAAACAGAAGCUAUUGAUGACUGACGAGAGGCAGGAGGGACGGGAAAACUUGCAGCCUGCGAGCAACCACUGUCUGGACUCCCUCGUUCCUCUUGCUGUUGAGGACCUUGAAGAAACAAAGGCAGGAGAGAUAGACAGAAAUAAGUCUGAAGCGGAAAGAAGAGAACAAGCUGAAGAUGGUUCGCGUGACUUCGCCAUCAGCAGGCACGUCGGGCGGUUGUUUGAUCAAAAUCAAGUUCGAUCGUUGCUGAUGGAAGCAAUCCCGUUCAGCUCAACCCUGCUUUGGCUUCUCCUGCUGUUUGCCGACAAUGAGAAAGAGACUUGGGACCUGAUCAGUGACGUCUGCCAUGAAGCCAUCUCCUUGCAACGUUGGUCCAGUGUGGAAGUUCUUCUGAAACUUCAAGGGCGAAAGGAUUGCGUCUCUUCCUCCGCCUUCUCUCGCCAACUCCUCGCUCUCCUCAAAAUCUUCACUGAUUUGCAAACUUCCUGCUCGAAAUCUCUCUCGACGCAUGAAGCUCACGAAUACGUGAAAUCCUUCUUUCUCAUAUUCCGAACCUCUCCUCCUCUUAAACUGGAGCUGGGGCUGGAGGUGGGAGAGGGCAGGACCAUGCUUCACCUUGCUGCUCAGCUUGGUUGGCUACCUGUCGUUGAAAGACUGACGGAGCUCGGAGCUUUUUCCGUGGCCGAUGAGAAUGGAAAUGAGCCGGUCGCGGUGGCAGCGAUGAAUCUGCAACAGCAAGUCUGCGAGCAUCUUGUGCAGAGGUUUCAUCCUCCUCACGUCGUUCUCCGCUGGUCGGCAGACUCACCUGUUUGCGUGGAAGAGCAGCAUGGCGACCUUCUUGCCUUCAGCGUCGCUCGCGGGUGGACGAAAGUAUCGCAGGCUCUCGUCUCUUCGCUCAUCGAGAAGCUCGCGGUUGGGGAGCAGAAUAGAGCAGGCGGGAGCGAUUGGGGCAGCGAGAUCACAGGCAGAGACGCAGAGGCUGAGCUGCGAGGGCAUGUCAGGAUGGCUGUGCGCAUGGCGGCGACACACGGGUGGCUGCAGGGCUUGUCGCUCAUCUUCAGUGCGUUUCCAGCAGAGCAGGAGGAGUGGAACCAGCACGAUGAGCUUCCCCUCCUCGCUCUCGCAGCCAUCGGAGGGCACGCAGACUGCCUCAAGUUCCUCGUGAAGCAAGAGGCAAGCGGCAUCCCCCUCGCCCUCAUCGCUGGCAGCAUCCGCGGGGACUUGCCGGUCACCUCCUCAUUGUUCGAAGGCUUCGAGGAGCAAGAAGCAGCAAGCAAGACCAACGUGCGCCUCAAGCAGCUGCGCUCCCUCAAAGAUCUCGCGCUGCUGCUCUCCUGCUACUGCGGCAGCCUCCAAGUUUCAAAUUUCCUCCUCUCUCAGGGCGCCGACCCCAACCAUCGCGCCAACAUCCCGCAUGAGAUAAUGCGGUGGCUGAGCUGCGAGGAGGAGUACCCCGAGCUGGUUGGGCUGGAGGAAGCGAGCGCGAAGACUAAGUUUCUCCUGCUGACGAUCAGCAGGGAGCUAUCGGCGCGUCUUGUUCAGGCUCAGGCAGACAUCGAUGGCAUGAGUUCUGACGCCAUUGCGCCGCUCACAGCAGCAGCCAUGCAUGGCAACCAAGACAUCGUCGUCUUGCUCAUCAAGCAAGGAGCUGCCCUUGACCCUCAAAAGAUGCGAAUCGUCAACCUCCUUGAGUUUGGAAAGGUUCGUCGCUUGUGGCAGCGACUAGUCAUGGCUUGUCUCAAGGCUGGAAAGUUCAGCAAGCUAAUGUCAGAAAACGCAAAGUCAUCGAUCUUCAUCCCUCCGAGUACAGGAUCAUUCGCUACAGAGAAAUCAUUCGGCGCCAAGACCAAGUACGUAGCAGCGACUCCGCUCAUGUGGAGCAUCCUGCGCAAGCAAGAAGAAUGCUCAAGAAUCCUGAUCGAGUGCGGGGCUGAUCAUAACCUUGUGAAGGAGUUCUUUGAGUCCGAGACUCUCAGUGCCGUCUUGCAUCACAACAUCGACCCCCUCACCCGCCAUGAGCUCAGAGUAAACGGCUGGCGGUCAAACCUGCGACUGAUGACAGCCCAGGACAAGAUCGACGAUCUGGCGGACUACUCGCUUGCUGCUGUCGUCAGCGUUCCUCCUCCGGUCACUCGCGAUGCUUUCAGAACGACAACAGGAGAAGUAGAGAGUGAUGAGGAAACGACGACGAGUCCAUUUGAUCUGAGACAACUCGAGGGCAACAAGUAUCUUGUCCCCUCAAACCGCAGGCUGCAGGCUAUUCACUUCCUCUACGGCAUCAGCGCGUCUGAGUUGGAAGACAUGCAGUUCUGGACGCUCAAGCCCAAGAACGGAUCCUUCUUCUUCCUCAUCGUUCCAUCGGAUGCGUUCACCUUCUCGUUCAACUCUGGAACAAGAAGCGAGUCUUGUUGGUAUGGAACGGCAGACCAGACGGAGACUGAAAUCGCCACCGUCAAGUGCGAGAACAGAGAGCUUGUUGGAGCACAAGUCAUACAUGGGAGGUUGGACUCUACUUGCGUCAAAUCCAUCCGCAUCUAUUCCCGCUUGAGAUAUCCACAAGAAUAUCUCCGAGGAUACAGACGAGACGCCGUGCCAGACCCGGAAACCGACGAGUCGCAUCUGGAGCAAAGACAAGACAGCAAAGAAAGCUUCGAUAAGCACAAGACUCUCGCUCCUUUCACAGCGAAGACCGUACUCAGCAUGAGGAUCAAGCAUGAAGAAGAGUUCCCUCCCGUUGAAUCAGAACCCAAGAAAGAUCGCCCGUCUUCGGCCAUAGCAUCGGCGCCUCUGACAGCACUGGAUCACGAUCACGAUCGGGUUUUAAGGAUUUACUGCGUCAAGCGGUCGACAGUCCGGCUGUCAGUGCAGAGACGACCUCUCAUCCCGCGCUUCAGGCCGCUCCUGUCCAGCAGAGAGGACCGCAACGUUGUUGAACGGCUCACGGUCGAGGAGAUACUUCAACGCGCGAUGCAGAAGAGUCUCGAGGUGCGCGGCGACGAUGUUGAGGUUAGCGACGAGGAAGGGAGCAAGUGA